AUGGCUUCCGAAAUCGAUCAUAUUGCGCAGUUGCUAAAUGCGACACUGGAUGCGCACCACCAUCGCAAAGCCGAAAAUGCCCUAAAGGAGGAGGCUAAGAAGCCAAAGUACGCGCUGGUGCUGCUCCGGGUCGUGAGCACCGAGGAUCAGCCUGCGAAGACCCGCCUGGCCGCCGCCCUCGCUUUCAAGAACUUCAUCCGCCACAACUAUGUGGAUGAAGAAGGCAACUACAAGCUUCCCGUCGACGACGUCCAGACUAUCAAGCGCGAACUUGUAGGGUUGAUGAUCUCUGCGCCACCCACGAUACAGACGCAGCUCGGCGAAGCCAUCAGCAUCAUCGCCGACUCUGAUUUUUGGGAGCGCUGGGACACAUUGACCAAGGACCUCGUCAACCGUCUGUCGCCGACCGACUUCAAGAUCACAAAUGGUGUGCUAGAAGUUGCGCACUCUAUAUUUGUCCGAUGGCGUCCGCUCUUCUCCUCCAACGAACUCAACCGAGAGGUGCUGCAUGUCGUCGGAACAUUUGGCGACCCCUUUAUUCAGAUGAUAAGUGUCGCCGAUCAUCAAAUCGAGGCAAACAAGAACAACCCGGUGGCAUUGAAGGGCUGGCUCGAAACCAUGAGCCUGCUCAUCCGGCUUUUCUAUGACUUGUCGUGUCAGGACUUGCCCCCCAUCAUUGAGACACACCUACAACCCAUCACUCUAAUCCUCCACAAGUAUCUUUCUUACACGAAUGCCCUCUUCGACGGAGAGGAAGACGAUGCCACACCUCUCGAGACCCUCAAGUCUGAUAUUUGUGACGCGUUGCAACUCUUUACGAACAAGUAUGAUGAUGAUUUCGGCAGCUACGUCCAAGAGUUCACCAACAAUGUCUGGAACGUGCUCUCCAGCAUCGGCCCGCAGAAGAGAUAUGACAAUCUCACGAGCAAGGCGCUUCAGUUCCUCACGGCUGUCGCCUCGGUCCGUCGCCAUGCCGAAAUCUUCAACAACGAGCAAGUAUUGGGCACAAUAGUGGAGAAGGUCGUCAUCCCCAACGUUGCGCUUAGAGAGUCAGAUCUUGAGAUGUUUGAGGACGAGCCUAUUGAGUUCAUCCGCCGCGACCUCGAGGGCUCGGAUACCGAUUCGCGGAGAAGGGCCGCCACCGAUUUCUUGCGGAAGCUUCUCGACAACUUCGAGAUGCUUGUCACGAAGGUCGUGUCCGAGUACAUCAACUACUACCUUGAAACUGGAAAGAGCAACUGGAAGGCAAAAGACACGGCAGUCUAUCUCUUCCUCGCGAUUGCAGCCAAGGGGGCCGUCACAACGGCGCAAGGAGUCAAGACGGUCAAUAGCCACGUCAAUGUUGUUGACUUUUUCAGUCAGCACAUCGCGUCGGAUCUCUUAGGCGAGGGCGUGGAACCUAUCUCUAAAGUUGAUGCCAUCAAGUAUCUUCACGACUUCCGAAGCCAGCUGAGCAAGAGCCAGUGGGAGGGCGCUAUCCAGCCUUUGAUUCAGAAUUUGAAUUCAGAAAACUACGUUGUGUACACGUACGCGGCGAUUGCAGUCGAGAGAGUUUUGUUUCUGACCAACGAGCAAGGAGAACACAUUUUACCACGUGCCGAUAUCCAGCCAUAUGCGAGAGCUUUACUUCAGCAUCUGUUUACCUUGGUUGAGAAAGAUACAUCGCCCGCAAAACUGCAGGAAAAUGAGUUCCUGAUGAAAUGCAUCAUGAGAGUCUUGAUUGUCAUCAAGGAUGGAGUGCUGGAAUGCGACAUUGAGAGCGUUCUCGACCAUCUCAUCAAAAUCACCAAUGUCAUCAAACAGAACCCCAGCAACCCGCGCUUCUACUACUAUCACUUCGAGGCGAUUGGAGCCCUGGUCAGAUUCUGCAGCACAUCAUCCAAGAUCAAACUGCUUGAUUAUCUUCUCAAACCCUUCGUAGUUAUCCUCACUGAGGAUGUCUCUGAGUUUGUCCCGUAUGUUUUCCAAAUAUUUGCGGCACUACUCGAGCUUGAUCCCUCUACGACCAUUCCGGCCGACUUCAAAGUUCUGAUUGAUGGCGUACUUGCACCGGCGCCGUGGGAGACCCGAGGAAAUGUGCCGCCCUUGGCCAGGUUCAUUUCGGCCGUCAUCCCGAAAACUAAGAAGGAACUUCUGGAAGGGCAAAAGCUGGAGCCAAUUCUCACCAUCUUCCAAAACCUCCUCGCCAGCAAGAAGACGGAGCAAAACGCUUUCGACAUCCUCGAAGCUGUUGUCGGCACAUUCUCAGGUGACGUGCUGGCUCCGUUUUUCAAGGUCAUUGUCACGUUAGUCUUCAGCAAAUUACAAUCGAAUCCUACCGAUUCGUACAAAUCCCGGGUAGCUCGCUUUUAUCAUCUCGUCUCGGCGAGGGCGGGUGAGCCGGGGCUUGGGGCAGACUUUUUUAUCAAGCAUGCCGAGGAUAUCCAGGCCAAUGUGUUCACGCCAUUCUACCUGACCGUCAUAUUGCCCACAACCAGCCAGUUUGCGCGGCCGGUAGAUCGAAAGUUGGGCGUCAUCUCGUACACCAAGACGCUAUGUGACUCCGAGGCAUUCGCGGGACGUUACAUGAAGGGCUGGGGCUUCACAUGCAACCAUCUGCUUGACCUUUUGAAGAACCCCCCCAAGGUGGCUGCCGGGUUUGGCGACGAGAUUGUCAACGAAGCCGAUGUCGAUGACAUUGGCUUCGGCAUCGGAUUUACGCCGCUCAACACGUGCAAGCGUGGCCCGCGAGACGACUUCCCCGAUAUUUUCGAGGUGGAUAAGUGGGUCAGCGAGUACCUGAAGGCGGCGAACCAGCGCACCGGCGGUGUGAUUGCGCGCUUUAUCACCGAGCGCAUCGCGCCAGAGGCUCAGGCCGUUCUGGCACCGUAUCUGUCAUAG